UCUCCCUACUUCCAGUUCUGUGCGGUCGUAACCAGAGUUCGCAGCGUAGCACCAGGGGCUGAUCUGUGUAACGUCCUCGGCAGUGUACUGAGACUACAUAGGCAGACCCUUCACGAAAACUUUCCCUGCGUUUUGCAGAAACUACAGAACACCUUUUGUGGGAAAUGAUGGCGACGCUGUGCAGACCAAAGCGAAGGAAUUCGGAGAAGCGGAAGGAGAAGUCCCGCGAUGCGGCGAGAGUUCGGCGCUCGAAGGAGACGGAGAUUUUCUAUGACCUUGCCCACCAGCUACCUUUAGCGCACAGCAAGAGUGCCCAGCUUGACAAAGCCUCCAUAAUGAGGCUGGCAAUCAGUUACCUGAAGACAAGGAUGAUCUUUGCAGACACAGAGGUCGUAAAGGUGGAAUCGUCCACAGACCAACAAAUGAGCGACCAGUACCUGAAGGCGAUGGAGGGAUUUGUGCUGAGCCUUUCUGAUGAAGGUGACAUCCUCUACCUCUCAGAAAAUGUUUGCAAAUACCUAGGCCUGACACAGUUGGAGCUGACCGGGCACAGUAUCUUUGACUUCACCCACCCUUGUGAUCACGAAGAGAUUAGGGACGUCCUGUGUACCAAAAAUGGGUACACUAAAAACAAGGCCUGUUCCUUCUUCAUGCGGAUGAAAUGCACACUCACCAGCAAGGGUAGGAACGUCAACCUCAAGUCAGCCACUUACAAAGUGAUCCACUGCCAGGGCUACCUCAGGUCUUAUAACAACAGCCAAGUCAACUCCUUGGGGUGCAAGGAGCCACCACUGCUGUGCCUUGUGGCUAUUGGAGAGCCCAUCCCCCACCCCUCAAACAUUGAGUUCCCGCUCGACUGCAAGACCUUCCUGAGCCGACACAGCAUGGACAUGAAGUUCACUUACUGUGACGAAAGGCAUAGAUGCUUGUAUCAGAAGGGACAGGUGACAACGGGACAGUACCGUCUGUUGGCACGACGGAGCGGUUACGCGUGGGUGGAGACCCAGGCCACCAUUAUCUACAACAACAGAACAGAGAAACCACAGUGCAUCGUGUGUGUCAACUAUGUCAUCAGUGACAUCGAGGAAGAGGAGAAUGUGUUGUCCAGUGAACAAGCUAGCCAGAAGAAAUUCCCCAAGGUGGAGAAGAUUGAGGAGGAGCCUCAGCCCAGCAGUCUGCCCAGCUUUGCCCAGGCCACAGACACCAUCUUCAGCAAGAAAACUCCAGACAUGGAGCCUGGCUUCUUCUGGGACGGCGAGCAAGCUCUGCGUGACAGCCCGGAGGAUCUGACACGAGUGGCGCCGGCAGCGGGAGACGCCAUGAUCCCGCUGGGCUUCCCGUCAGCAGAUGUGCUGUUCGGCUCCAGCCUACCCGACACUUCUCUGGACCCUGGCUUCGGACAAGAAGACCUGUUCGGCAGCCAGCAGUCGUCCCAGUACUGUGACUUCAGUUCUUCUGAUAAGGACACCUUCAGUCUCCUGCGGGACCCCAAACCACUCCUGUCCCCCUUCAGCUCCUCAGAUAGCAGUCCCCCUCCUGCGCUCACACCUGUGUUAACGCCGUUGAGUGACGACACAGAAACUGAAGUCCAACAGAUUCCCAACAGCGACUUGGACUUCAUGGACCAACUGAUGGGUCUCCGAACAACCAGUGACAGCAACCUCGCUGAGAUCCAGCAGCAGGACACUGCCCAGGGAACAAGAUCAGUGGCCACCAAGCAGCAGCAGGACAGUGCUCUGGGAAUGAGAGCAAGCAGCACCCCAGACCUGACGGCCAUCAACCCCAGCCUGGCAUUGGACACAGGGCAGCCUAUCCAGAACAACAUACGCACCACGGCAGCUGGUAAACUGACUAAGCGACCACUGACAGCUGAAGAACUGAGUUAUCGAGCUCCCUACAUCCCAGCCUACCAGAUGCCGUUGAACCCUCCCAACAACGCCGUUCUGGCAUCGCUUCUCGAGACAGACAGGAGACAGUCAGUCACAUCGUCCAGAUCAUACAACAAUCCAUAUGCCAACAUGACGCCAAGAAAGACACAACAUGCGGUGCCAAAUAAGGACAGCUGCUGCGGUGCGCAGGAGCUUCCGUUUGCAGCGUAUGCAUCCCCGCAGAUGAUGACCAUGAAUGGAAAACACCUCCGAGUGGCAAAGGUCUCCCCCAUGAGCCAGCCAAUACAAACAGACGGUGGAGGCAGCGUUACGGGCCAACAGAUAAACAGAAAAACAUUGGGCAUGACAAGACCAGACGCCAGAGGUGGCACACACACGCCAGGCAAGCAUGGCCCCAUCGGUAAACUGACGUUCGCACUGGGCAGUAAGAGGAAGAAACUGGACGAAGACAUCAAGUCAGCGUCCCCACAGAAGAUGAUACAACAGCCUGACAGAGGGGAGAAAACUGAAGGGUUCACCGACCAGCCUCCUGCUAAAAAGGCCAGAGUCAAGCCACCCAACCCACCUGGCAAAGGUGGCAACAGUAUCCUGAUGAGUCUCCUCUCUCCGUCUGAUGACGUCAGUCAAACGUGUACCUACAGGGGACCUAGUCCAGACCAGUCACAGCAUACCAGCGGAGGUUCUGCUAACAAGAUCGACGUCUACAAACUGCUGAACUUCGACGACUUUGACCUGGAUGAUGAUUUCCUGCCUCCGUUAACACGAGCAGACGUGGAGGUGAACGCCCCCAUACAGACCUACAAGCUACUGCAGGGCAACGACCUGAUGUCUGCUCUCGACCAAUCAGCAGCCCUCUUCUGAUCAGCUGACUUGAUGCUUGGGACUGCUGUUGGAGUUCCAUCUCCACUUAAGUCUUUAUUGAUUUGAAUAUCUUGCUCACAAUUGUACAUUACACACAAAUCCAUUA